ACAUGGUGGCCCUGUGCGAGGGCCUUUCCGUUGGGCAAAAGGCUGGCCUGGAUGGCAAGGACAUCUUGGAGGUGCGACCAGAAAGUGACGAGCAGACGUGGGAAGCAGACCUCCAAGCAGUUGGACACACUGACAGAUGCUGUCGUCAGUCUGACUCGGUUGCAAGGUAAAGGGUUUUCCCAGACAGACCUUGUGGCACGUUGACUUGUAGUACACGCGCAGGAUGAAGACACUGCCUGGGAGGUCCAUUGACAGAUUUCGCCAAGCCACUUCACACACUCGUUGGCUGGAGUCCGUUCUUUCCAGCUUAGGUCAUCAAGGAGGGUGCCAUCGCAUCACCCAUGUAUGGCCUCAAGGUGCAAGACAUAAGGGACCUCCAUCGGCCGGUACUGAUAUAAGUUAUUAUAAUAUAUAUUAUGAGGAUUUAUUUUUGGAAAACAUUGCCGCACAACAGGGGUUUAGCUGGUUGCGGAACAUGCACAACAACGCAGACAUGCACUAUUUAUAUAUUACGUACUAUACUGUAAAUAUCUAUUUUUAUGCGUAUGAUACAUAAGUGCGUGACAUUCGGAAUCUAUAGUCUACUUUGAUCCUUUCUGCGAAUGAGACCAACGCUUUUUGGCUUUGGCAUCAGCUUUUGUUCAAGCAGAGUAUACAGUGUUCGCGCUAGUUUUCUAAGCAAAGGGCUUGGCAGACUUUGGCAAAGGCAUGGCCUCUCUUGCAAAUGCUGUGCUUGUGGACACUUUGGAGCAAUGUCAAGAUGCAGUUGCCCAGUUGUCCCAGGAGACUGAGGUGGCCAUUGACAUUGAAGGAGUUGAAUUGAGCCGAGCAGGCGAAGUUUGCUUGAUUCAGAUCUGUGGCCCCUCGAGCGACAAGGUCUUUCUGUUUGACAUCCACACACUGAAGGACAAAGCCUUUGAAGAGGGGGGCUUGAAGAAGUUGCUGGAGUCUGAUGUGAUAAAGGUGUUUUAUGAUUUGCGCACAGACAAUGAUGCUUUGCACCACUUACAUCAAGUUCAUGUGCGAGCUUCUUACGAUCUGCAAGUCUUGCGCCAGCUGAAGUUUCAGGAUUCCACAGACAUCUACCUACAUGGGCUGAAGAGAGUACUCGCAGGUUUCCUUAAGGAGUCCAACUGUUUGACUGAGGAGCAAGUUCACAAGGUAGAUGCCGUGAAAGAACAAGGGCACGAGCUUUUUACCCCGGAGAAUGGUGGAACUCAACUAUGGAAGGAACGGCCGCUGAGACCCAUUCUGGUGGACUACGCUGCCAUCGAUGUACAGUUCUUAUUGCACAUGAAGCGUUUGUGGACCCCGAACGAUCCAGCGGAAGCAGCGCAACUCCAUCAGGACGUCAUGAAGGCUAGCGAACAUCGCUUAAAGUGUUUUGUAGCUUUGCCGCAGGAGGACGCACUGAAUCAAUCUGCUAAGAAGCUCAGGGAUUUCUACGAAGCCAGCGACACAUCGCGUAUCCUUCAUGUGCCAAGUCACAAGAAAGGCGCUUUGAUUGGCAAGAAGGGGGCCAACAUCGAAGCAAUCCAGGCCAAGUCAGGUGCAAAGGUUUGCCUAAAAGAUGACGUUGCGCUGGUGAUUGGACUACCUCAGCAAGUGGAAGCCGCAGUGCAGCUGAUCCUUCCAAAGAUUGCCUCCCGCUGAUGUAAUUGAAAAGACUACCUUUGAGGUGACGAAAAGGAUGUCCAUGGAUGAUCCUUGUUGUAUGUUCGAGUCCCACCCAGACGAAUUGCUUCGCUGCCCGAAAUCUGGAGCGCAUUCGGAGAGGAAAGUGGCACCUAUGGCUUCGCCCGAUGGGAGAAGCCAUCGGAUCCUGGCCCCCUGAUGCUGGAGGGCAACUUUGUGUGCUCUAAUCCUUUCAGUCUGGGACGUGCUUGGUUGGGUUUGAUCCUUAGAUAUUCUUAGUAAGGUCCGGUGUGGGAUCCACUUCGGCAGAAGCGAGAUUCCAUUAAUGUGAAAGCCCUCGUAGCGAAGAGAGUUUGUGCUUGACGUGUUGUCCAACCCCCCGCAACCAUCUGCUAGAGUACACGGCAAAUGCCAAGUCAGCUAGCUUUAGUAGCUUCUUGUUACUAGUAGUAAGGCCAAGAGCUACUAGUAGUCAGCUAGCUCUUGACAGGAUCUUGUUGACUGCUUUCGCAUGCCAUACCGUCGUGUACGUGCCAGGAUGUCCGCUUGGCGGUGGACA